AGGAAAUAAAGUGCUUACGUCAAACGCCCAUCAGCAUUAUAAAAGGCGACGUGACUAAGCUUGCACACAUUUUCAACUCUCUCUCUCCCGGUGUGAAGAAGUAGCUAAACUUUACAAAGAUGGUGGUGUCUAUUACCAAAAGCUUUCACUGCACUGUGGUUGGUGAUGGUUUGGUUGGAAAGUCUUGUCUUGUGGAGCGAUUUCUUGGUGGAGACUUUACUAAUGAGUAUGUGGCCACUCUUCAGGAUGAUUACACUACAAAAUGCAACCUUAAUGGAGAUAACCUAAACAUGAACAUCACCGAUAUUGCAGGAGAGCACGAAGACUUGGCUUCCCUUGAUGUUCCGGAUGUUUAUAUCGUCUGCUUCAGUCUCGUGGACAAAGACUCCAUGGAGAGCGUGCUCAACUUCUGGGUUCCCAGGAUACGUUCUCAAAGCAAACACACACCUAUUGUCCUCAUCGGGACUCAGUUAGACAAGCGACGAGCCCACAAGAAAUGUCAUAUUUCUACUGAGGAGGGGCUUUCAUCGGCUCAAUCGAUUUGUGCAGCAGCAUACGUGGAAUGCUCAGCGAAAGACAACACUGGGAUAGAUGUAGCAUUCUACAGCGUGAUUCUGGCCAGCAACACGUGCAGCAGAAGAAAAUCAAGUCUCUUCAAACGCGUGCUUGGAAGAUGAACUGAUGCAAAAAAUUUGGACGUAUGGUCCGUGUGCCAUUCUUCAUCUGUGUUCAGAUUGAUAUUAAAAGUGACGAAUAUUCAUGCAAUUAUUUCGUCAUCGGUGAAUUCUGGGAUUCAAUAUACCCUUGGCUAGGGUGAGAUGCUCAGGACAAUCCUCCUCUCGUUGUCAGAAUUUCCCCAAGCUUAUCACUGCCAACCCUCGCGUGCAGCGUGGAACAGAAGUUGAUCCCACAUAUUUAAGCAGGAAACAUCACUACGGGCAUGGAGACGUUUGAGAUCAUAAAUAUCGCCUCUUUACGUUGAAUUACAUACAAUUAAAUUUAACAUAGAGGUUUUUGUUUACUUAUGCAGUAUGUGAAUAUCAAUGUCAAAUAUCUCAAUGCAUGUUAAAACUGUGGAAAAACAAGCGUCAUCUUAUGAAUAAAAUUCAUGUUAUUGCAACAAUUGUGCUUACUUUUCUCAUUCACAGAUCAUUAUGACAAUGAAUGAAUCGCAAAAGAAAUUGCAAGAAUGACCAUAUACAUGUAUAGUCUUAGACCUUAUGGUGAAGCAAGAAAAUCUACCUAUAAUGUUAACUUUUAUUGCAACUACAGUGUAUGAUAUUAAGUUGAGAUGCCAUUCCUUGAAAUGAAGAGGAUUACUUUCUUCCUUUAUGUGCAGGACAAAUACUGGAAGUAAAGGUAUAGCAUGCCCAGCGGCAUGGUUACAUAAGGGAUUCAGUGAGCAGGUUAAAUGACCGAUGGUUUCAGGUUAAAUAUAGUUUCAUCAAUCCGCUCAGCUAUUUCAGGGUUUUACCACCGAAAAUCCUAGAUUAAGGACAGAAUUAAAUUGUUUAAUAAUGCAUCCAGAUUUCUAACCCUUUUACUCUUCGAUCGAAAACAACAUUACAAUAGUAAUGCAAAGUCAUCACGGGUGUCACAAUACGAAGGUAAAAAUCACAACCUGAAACGGAAAACAGGGUAUCUAGGUCCCCUUUAGAAAUCACUCACAGUAAGUUAAAUGUGACGAGAAACUUUAAACAAAUUGACACCUAUGUUAAUCACAAAUCCUCCUUUUGAAUACUGCAGUCAGCUGAUGGUGUUAUAUUCGAACUUCCUCCUACUAAUACUGCACUGACAGAGAGAGGGUUCGUGCUCUGUAGUCAGUAUCGUGGCUUGAUGUUGGGAUGGUGAACAAGACGUGAAUGUGAAAUAUUUUGUACCAAUACGCAGUGAAAUCUUCAUGAUUGGAAUAUUACGUAGAUGGCUUGAUAUUAUUUUCAUUUAAAUUUAUUCUGAGAUUCUCUCUCACUGGGAUGUCGUUUAACGAUUAGUAGUGUGCAAUUAAUGUGUACAAUUAAUGUUAGAAUGAUAAAAUAACAACACACCAGAGACUUGUAGUCCUUAAACGCAUAUUGAGUUCCAACUUUCAUAUACUGUAGCUAUGUAAUUAUAGUUCGGGAAUUUUUUUUUUAUAUUUGACGUAAAUGUGUUUGGAGGUGGACAUUUUAGGAGUUUUAUUUGUAUUAUUGAUGGCUUGUCAAGCACGGCUAACUAAACAGAGGAAGAUGACCUCUUGAGUUGGUUGAAGUCGUCUGCACGUGGUAUUGGUAUCCGAACAGAGAGCCUAAAACACCGCGACAGUUCGGCGACAAUUUUGACAUUUUUUUGCAUGUAUCAUAAACUUUAUACACAGAAACCAAGAUGGCAAACGACCAAGUGCAGGUUACUGUGACAUCAGCAGUUUGUUUCAAUGAUAAACGGAAUCAACAAGCUGAUUGUGCAAGAGCAUCGACAUGGAAAGUAAAGCUAAACAGAAAAACAAGAUUUACAAUAUGUUGCCUUCAUAAAGAGAUAAUGGUUUGGUCAUGGUAAUGAGCAUCUUAAUAACACCUAUGUCAUUACGUAACCAGCUGUUCGUCAAACAGGAUGGGGUGUUGGUGUUUAUCACUAUCGCAGUCUUCAUGUGUAUGUCAGUUAAUUUAUUCAUUUAUCUAAUAACCGAUUCUGCGAAGUUUUUAAAGUCCCAUAUUAAUCACCAAUUAACAAGUAAGAUAAACUAUUGAAAUUUUAGCUGUUUACCAUGAUAUACCCCUUUCACAGUUAAAAAUCAUCAAAUCUUACUACGUUUUACACUGCAGGACCUCUAAGUGUUUUGCACCUACACAUUGAAUAUUUAUACCUCUAUACCCAAAGAAAGAAGAGUAUGUGCGUAUUGCGGUUUUGAAUAGUGUUUAUUUGCCUUAUACUUUCUCUGAGUGUAGAUUUUUCUACCAUCUAUGUAUUUUACAGCUAUGAAUUAGAAAUCUUUAGAUGACUAAAGUAGAAAUAAUGUCACCAAUCUCCCCAUCUAUUGUCUUGUUCUAUUAUAAAAUUGUAAAUGGUUAUUAGGAAUUAUGAUUUUUCAUAAGUAGGCCAACAGCUGUGUCUAUAAUGCAAAAAAUAGAUAUGGUGCCUUUUUUAAUCUCUAACCUUAAACUUCUUUAGCCAGUUCUAGGUCAACUGCAUACGAUGCCAGUUUCAUAACUCUAACCCUUUGUUAAAAACUAGUCUUUAAAACACUUGAUAUGGAUUAAACUUGAAACUUUAUUAAACAACUUACGUUCACUUAAUCAUCAUGUUCGAGACCCCUUGGGUGUCCAAAUAUUGUUUUAUAUAAGUAAAAUUUAAAUACCCGAAUAAAAGCAGUUCUGUUUGGAACACUUUUUCUAUAUUUGUUGCAAACAUUAGGACAAAUCCCUUUUCAGGUGUCCUAAGGUCGUCUGCCUUGGAUAUUUGCAGAUUUAAUGUCCAUGGUUGCGUAUUUAAUAUUUAAUAGCCUGCAGAAAGGUCAAGACUGAAAGUUCAAUCAAUCCUGGGAUGUUUUUCGGUGUAAGAUGACUCAACGUAAAACUGGAGUGUUUUGAUAUGCUAUCAAAAUAAUGGUCAUGGUCUAGAUAACAAGGAAAUAAAUCAAGGUCUACGUCACUUCUGUGAAAACUAUAUAAGACAGGAGAGGCGAGGCGAUUUACCAGUUCAUCGCUCGCUCUAUUCCUUUAAUACACAACCCACAAUAAUUAAGGAAUUUAUAAUGGUCGUUGCAAUGCAGAAAUCUGUUCAGUGUACGGUUGUUGGAGAUGGUUUAGUUGGAAAGUCAAGUUUAGUUAAAAGACUGAUCAGUGGAAAGUUUCACCAGGAGUAUGUGGCCACCCUCAAGGACGAUUACGUUACCAAACUGUCCGCUAAUGGGGAUGCAUAUACCCUGAAUGUCUCAGAUAUUGCUGGGGAGGUAAGCUGACCACACUCAAGUGUCCAUUAAGACUGAUUAUAUCAACUAACUAAAUCUAAUAUUUAGAUUUAAAAUUUCAAUUCAAGAGUAUUUACGUUUUUUUUUUUAAAUUUUGCAGCAUGAGGACUUGUCUUCAUUAGCAACGCCAGACAUCUACAUUGUUUGCUUCAGCCUUGUUGAUGAUGACUCAAUGGACGGCGUCCUUAAUUUUUGGAAUCCCAAACUCCGGACAAUCGGGAAGCAUACCCCAAUCGUCCUUGUAGGAACACAGUCUGAUUUGAGACAAACUGGUCAAACUGGACAUAUUACUACAUCCGAUGGCCUGGCUUUGGCGAAGUCGAUGAGAGCUGAUGCCUACGUGGAAUGUUCUUCCAAGUCUGGCUCCGGAGUGCUGGAAGCCUUCCAGAGCGCCUUAAUGGCGAGCAUCAGAUACAAAAAGAGGAAGGCCAACAUCCUAAAACGUGUUCUAGGACGAUGAAGAGGUGGCUUUCACGUUUGAUAUUUAGUGGUCCGUGUACCACUGUUCUUACGUUCUAAGAAAUGUUCUUGGAAAACCAAAUCAAUGAUGUUGUUCAUCGUUGUGGGAGUAAACAGAACACCCCGUCGCAUUUCUCUCAUCCCUACUUCUUGCUUCUGCGUCUGUGCAGGACACCAGCAAAGACCUGAAUUGAAGUCUUCCAAACAGUGAUAAGAAGUGUGAGAGAGAACAAGCGUUAAAACUGUUCUUUUAUUUGCAAAAGUCAUUGUAAUGUUACUAAAUGACAUUCUUAUAGCAUGUUGUCGAACGGAUUCAUGUCUGAUGUAACUAAAUAAAGAUUUCUUUUGAAA